CCCUAGACGGACUUUUUUUGAACUGCGCGCUCUAACUCCAUUCGAUAUAUCGAGUUAUAGUUAUUUAACCUCCAAGUUCACGCAUUCAAGUGCAUUCAAGGAAUCACUGAAUUUUAUUAUAUAUAUUAUUAAAAGCUCCAAAUAACAAUUAAUAAAAAAAAUGGGUAAUUCUGCUGCGAAAACUGAAGUUAAUGUGACAGAAGUUAGUGAUAAACCUAAAGAUGACAAGAAAUUAAAACCUUGCUGUGCCUGUCCGGAGACAAAACAAAUCCGUGAUAAAUGUAUAAUCGAAAAAGGUGAAUCCGAAUGUGGACAUUUAAUAGAAGCACACAAGGCUUGUAUGCGUUACUAUGGAUUUAAUAUAUAAAUUAAUGUAAAUAGUAAUUUACCACCUAAUUAAUAAAUAAUGGAGUACUUAGUUUAAUUAAAAAACCUCUAAAUUAAAUUUAUGUUACCAACUAGAAAUAUUUUAAUUUAUAAGAACACUAAGUGAUCAAAUUUGUUAAUUAAAUUAACUUCAAAAAUGUUUUGCUUACAAAUACUCCAGAUGUGAAGAUGCUGUUAAUUUAUCUCCUAAUAAAUAAGUAACUAAAAUAAAGUUAACUUGUAAUAUACAACAAAAUAAAUAAUCACAAUCGUCUAACAAA